UUCUGGUUAUUUAUUAUUAUUAGUAAUAAUAGCAGUAAUAGUACCUUAUUGCGAUUUAUAGUACACUGUACAGUAAUUACUUUUUUUGAAUAUCUCUGGUUGUCCGUGUAAGUGUUAAUCUGUAAAAGUAAAGUUUAGGACUACUUCAAAAGUUAACUCAUCUUGAUACAUUUGUGCAACUGUUCGUUUUGUGAUGAAACCGUGUACACGUUAGAGGAACUCUGGUGUGGAACUUUUACCUGUUUGUCUCCUUUUCUUGAGCCAUCAAGAUGAGUCAAAUGACUUUUCAGUCGCCUGACGACUGGAACAGGAAAACGGGAAAUCUCAGUGAUCUGUUUCGCUUGAACGACGAGCAAAAGGACAUCACUAAACAAAUCGAGCAAUGUUGGGAUAGUAUUGGAUUAUCGGAUGAUGACAUCCGCAUUCGCGUUGACGUCCUCCAAGAAGCGUACUAUUCUUCCACUUCAUGGGUGUUGAAUAAAGGGCUCAAGACUCAGCAGGACUAUCAAAGGGAUUUGCUUAAAUCCAUCGACGACUGCAAAGCUGAACUGGUGAAUCUGGAGCAUUAUUUGGGAGUCACCUGUAAACCCGACGAUCAGAAAGCAUCCCACAUGAAAAUGGUGGAUUUGGAGAAGUACUAUCGCGAAGAGCUUCUUCAACCACUGUUAAUCAUAAAAGAAGAUCGCAAAAAAAUGGUGGACAGACUGCAGGCCGAGAACGAUAAUUAUGCGGGCUUGCUCGGGGUUGAACGUUUUCACGUAUCGGAUCCUGGUUUGCUUUAUCGUACAGAUGUUCUUGAUCGACUGGCGAAAGUUAACGAUGCCCACUUGAUCAUUCUGAAUAGACGAAGAAAUAUCAUGGCUGCCCGACGAGAUCAUAUCAGAACAAUCGCAAAAGAUUUGAAGGUGGACAUAUCUCAUGUAAAUCUGGAGGAUUUUUCUGAUCACAAUAUGACACACACGGAAGCUUUCGAAAAACAGAUGGUUGAAAAGAAGCGAGCCGCCGAAGAGCAGGGUCAGUCGCUACUGGACCGCAUACAAUAUUUAUCAAAGCGUAUGGACCUUCCGACAAGGAUUUCCAUUGAAAGUUCCGAUGUUGUCGACCACUUGUGCGAUCCUGAUGUUAUAGCAAAGCUUCAAGGGGAGCUUGCCCACUUAGAGAUCAUGAAAAAGGAAAACCUGAAUAACUUUGUUGAGCAAUUACGGGCGGAAAUCAAGGACCUGUACAACAAAUGCUUUACCGGCCCGGAAGAGCAGCAAAAGCUGAUCGAUUUAAAAUCCGAUACAGGGACUUAUGAUGAAGCUUCGCUGGAAGAACAUGAAAAAGAAUGCAAUCGUUUGCGAGAUCUUUACAAGCAAAACAUCGAGUUCUUCUCCAAAAUUGUUCGAAGGGAAGAGGUCUGGAAGAAGAAAAUGGAAUUGGAUGAGAAGGAAAGCGACCCCGCACGUCUUCUGAACCGAGGAGGUCAACUGUUGCGUGACCAGCAGGAGAAGGCUAGAGUGGAACAUGAACUUAAAAAGUUGGAUGCCGAAUUGGUUCAGAAAACCCACGAGUGGGAAGGGGAGCACAAGCGUCCAUUCACGGUUUACGGGAGGAUAUACGAAGAGUUCGUCGAUGAGCAACGUUCUGCUUAUCAGGCCCAGCAGGAAAAUAAAAAAGAAGAACGUCGUCGUGCAAAAGAGAAAGAGCAACAAGGUGGAGCACAGUUGGGUAAAAGAAAGAACGAGUUCAAUACCGGGAAGCUCGAAGUAUCAAAGUUGGUGAAAGGGAGCGCAGGAUCUGCUGCUCAUGCGGGAGGUGGCGGACUAAUGGUUCGUUCCCCGAUGGCAAAGGGAAAGCGGCCUAAUGGAAUUGAAGACUGAUGUAAUUCCUCCGUCGUUAAAAAGGAACGCCGUUUAUUUAUAUGGAUCUGCUCCAGUUUUUUAAAACUUUUUUAUUCGGAAAUGUAGGUGUAUGUGGGUUUCAGAGCCUCUGCUGUUUUAACGAGGUUGUGGAGAUAUGAGUGAAUCUGACAAUGCCAGAGUCCAGAAACUGUUUUCAGACAUGUGUAAGUUCAGUUCAGUUGAGUACUUACUGUCAUUAUUGUUUUGUCCGUUUCGGUGUGCCUUAAUCUCUUAAGACUGAAGUUGUGGAAUCGAAUAUUGUUGCCAUUACUGCUGGUUAUCUUAGCAGUUAACCACUAAUAAAUGAACU